CUUCUCUGUACCGUUGUCUUUCUUUCUAUAAACCACCCUUCCCCAUCCACCGAACUUCUCUUCUUAUUUUCUUUCUACAUUAUCCAAUUCAAAAUCACACAAAGACAAAGAUGAUGAACGUAUUAGCAAUCACCCUUGUUCUAUCCUCACUGUUCGCAGCAGCUCUGUGGUCUCCAUCUCCUUCUCACCAUAACGACCACCGUGAUGAGGUGAUCGUGAAAGACGGCCACCGUGUGGUGGUGGUUGAGUACGACAAAGAAGCUGACGGCAGCACCAAGGUGCUUAUUUCACCACCCGACGUCGUCCCUUCUGAGGUUGACUCAAAAGAAGGUACUUCUAGCGAGAAUAAACCGGCAGAAGGGAUGUUCUCCGGUCCGAGAGAGCUUGUUUGUGAUGCUUAUGGUAAGUGCAAGCAUAAAAUGGCUAGCGCUCUUUGGAAAACAAAGGACAAAGUCGAGGAAACGGUUCAUGGGGUUUCCGAUAAAGCUCAAGAACUCGAAGAACAUGCGAAAACGGCUGCGAGUGAUGCGAUAGGAAAAGGGUCACAAGGUUUAAGUCAGGUUAAAGAUAGAGUAACCGAAAAGGUGACCGGACAUACAGUCGAAGAGUCGGUAGGGAAAGCGAAAGAUACGGUAGCUCAAGGGAUCGAUAAGGCGAAAAAGGCAGCGGGUACGGUGAAAGAUGGUGCGGUGGAUUCAGCGAAAGAAACGGUGGAGAAUGUACAACAAGUGGGUGAGAAGAGUUUAAAUGAGAUUUUUAGAAAGAUAAAAGAUGUUGCAAAUGAUGUUUUUUGGUACAUGGUGUCUCGUGAUAAGGUAGAUGCAGUGGCCGGUUUGAUUCACAUGUUGGGGUAUUCGACUGCUUACGGUAUGUGCGUGUGGGUGACGUUUAUUUCGAGCUAUAUUUUAAGUAGGCAUCUACCGAAACAGCAGUUUGGAUUGGUGCAAAGUAGGAUAUAUCCGGUGUACUUCAAAGCCAUGGCUUAUUGUGUUUCUGCUGCUUUGUUGGGGCAUUUAGCAAGUGGAAAGAGUGCGGCUUUACCCAGCUUGACUGGGUCUCCGGGUUUGAGUCUUCUUUCUGCACUCUUGAUGGUUUUGGCCAACAUGAUCUUGUUGGAACCUAGAGCCACUAAGACAAUGUAUGAAAGAAUGAAGAUAGAGAAGGAAGAAGGGAGGGGGGUAGUGGUCCCAACUCAAGACGAAAUGCUUGGCCCCAGCCCUACUAGAGGCGGUGUUGUAGAAGGUAGUGCAACUGUGGUCCGACCCACUAAAGGCGGGGUUGUAGAAGGUGGUGCAACUGUGGUGAGGCCAAUCGCGAACACAGUGGUGGCGGAGAGGCAAGACCUGUUGAGGUUGAACGAGAAGUUGAAGAGGCUGAAUACGUACUCAUCUACACUGAAUGUGUUGACUUUGGUGGCUCUAACAUGGCAUAUGGCUUACAUGGGUCAACGGCUUCAUGCUACUAAGUAAUCACGGUGACCCUUGAUUCACUUGCUGCUUUGAUAGUUGUAGAUCUAUAUAUGUUUGUAGAUAUAGUUUUUUACUAGGACCUUCUUUAUUAUUGCUUUGUUCAUCAUUUCAAUGUAGUGUGCUUCUUUAGAAAGGUUAGUUUGUGCUUUGUUUGCUA